AUGCCCAGCAACAAGCCCACAUCCCGGGAUACCCAUACCUCCUCCUCUGCGUCUACUUCAUCUUCAACCUCAACUUUGGUUGAAGUAGAGUCAAGUCCAGACUCGGCCUUAUCCCUAGAAACAGCCUCCAUCUCCUCCAACCCAAGUGACACCUCCUUCUCCUCCUCCUCCUCCUCUGCAUGGAUCACCGAUGACGAGCCCAUCGAGCCAAACCCAGUAGAUGAGUACAUGACCAAUGCCUUUACCCAGCAAACCCUCCCCUCCCAACUCCAAUCCACCUCCAUAUCCUCCUCCUCCUCCUCCUCCUCCUCAUCAUCAUCAUCCACAGCCCACCCAUACGACACCUACACCCCCCUAACCAGCACCUCCCUCCACCCACCCCAAGCAAACCCCCACGAAAUCGCCUCCAAACGCACCCAAUUCUUCCUCCACCUCCGCGCCUUCUACCAAGGCCUCCUCCCCGACAACCCCUUCCACGAGCUCCGCGCCAUCUCCUCCGCCCUCUUCGGCGCCAUCCUGCCCCCCGACAUCUACCUCAUCUCAUCCCCUCCCUUCCCGCCCACCACCUCCACCCGCGGCAGCAUCCGCCUGCACUUCGUCCGCGCCGCCCUCAGCAUGCCCCCCUCCGCACCGCUCUCCCAGAUCGAAGGCUUCAUCGGCCGGAACCCGUCCGUCGUGAGCCACUGCUGCUUCAACACCCAGCCCUUCUCCGACGUAGUCUUCAAGCCGCAACAACACCAUGCUCACCAGAUUUAUGUGGCGCGGGGUGCUGCGCUGGAGUGCAAUGGGCGGUUGUUAAGGGCGUUGAAGGAGAUUGCUUGGGAGGAUGAGAGCGCGGAUUGGGUGGUUGGUCUCGCGAGGAGGGAGGAUGGGAGGAGGCUUUCUGCGCUGUGUAAGGUGAAAGGGAAGAGUAUCUUGCCGAGUGUGCGUGAGAGGAUGUUGAGGGUGGAGGAGAGGGGGGAGAGGCCUCUUCAGGAUGAGCAGUGGCAUAGGCAGGCUGUUAAGGAGAUGAGAAGGGAGCGCCCCAAUAGUUUGCUUCGGAACGUUGUUCUGCCUCAAGAUUUGGCGGAGGAAGAAGAUGUGGUGUUGAGUAAGGAGUCUUUAUAG